AUGAGAUUGUUGGUUCACAAUUUACUUAUGUGUAACAAAUGUGAUAAGAACAAUUAUCCUCUUAAAAUAGAAGUCAAUAAAAGCGUAAUAAUGGAAUUAGAAUUCAAAAAAGACGCAAUUUUAAAAUUAAUUCCAAAACUUGAUUUUGAAGUAUUAUCUAAUACAGUCAGAGAACUUGGAUUCAAGUAAUUCCCUAAGCAAAUUCCUCCAAAUGUGGAUUAAGACUUAGUCUUUUUAAAAGACUUGCAUCGAGUUUUAUUUGAGACCCACAUUAUGGAUGGCCAAUUGACUUGCCCUAAUCCAUCAUGUAAAAGAAAUUAUCCAAUCACAAAUGGAAUACCUAAUAUGAUCCUUACAGAAGAUGAACAAUGAUAUAAAUUGGUAAUUUGUC